AUGGAUGCCAAGGUGAAGGAGAAAGGUAUUCUUAAGCUGGAACCGAGACAGCGCACCGAAACCAAAUUAGAAUUAACGCCACAGGGCUCCUAUGACCGUCCGCCUGGUUCACCGCAACCAUCCGUUGAUCGAUGGUCCGUCACCUGGGCGGAUCCUGGCAGUAUGACUUCUUCGGGAGUCAAUCUCUUUCAUCUGCCUGCCGACACACCAGCUAGUAAUGAAGUCAAAUUUUCACCAACAGCGGCAGAUGGUUCUGAAGAUGAAGAUUACUCAAGUUUGAGUGCCGUCCUGAAACAACGUCGAGCUAGUGUGCGUCGCUCGCGUAAGGGUCGGUCGAGACGCCCAUCUUCACCAUUCCUGCCAGAUGAAAAUCGUUCAAGAAGGAGAUCCUCCGUUUUCACUACCAGUUCUGGAGACACUGCUAUAUCCAUUGAUGAGCAACCAGUUGUUACUCAGGAACAAAUCUUUGAAAACAUACAUCUUCACAAAGAAGUUCUUGGUUCAGUCAAACAACAACCACUUGGAAUGAGAAGAAAAUUAAAAAUUGUUCAUCAGGCAAAAGGUUACGUCAAGCGACAUGAAGGACAACUGCAAGAAAGACUUGCUCAGUCUAAAAGUACAAGAGAUAUCUACGCAAGGUUUAAUAUACUUCUAGCAAGUAAAUGGCAACAAAUGAAAAGGGAAGCUGCAAAUACAUCAAAUCUACUCAUUCCCUGGGAAUUGCGUAUAAAAGAGAUUGAGUCGCAUUUUGGCUCCGUCGUUGCAUCUUAUUUUACAUUUUUGAGAUGGCUGUUCUGGGUGAACUUAGUCAUUGGUUUCAUAUUGCUUGUGUUUGUAAUAAUACCUGAGUACCUUACGGCAAAUCCUCUUCAAGACGGAGAAAGAAAAAUUAUUAUGGACGACGAGUAUCGUAAUGCAACAAACUUAUUAACGCUUUGGGAAUUCGAAGGUGUUCUUAAAUACUCUCCUAUAUUUUACGGCUAUUAUAGCAACGUGGAACGAGACCAAUAUAGAAUGCCACUCGCUUAUUUUCUUACUGGUUUGGUCGUGUACAUUUAUAGUUUUGUCGCCAUAUUAAGAAAAAUGGCUGAAAACUCUCGAAUGUCUAAGUUGUCAGAAAAAGAAGAUGAAUGUAUAUUUUCUUGGAAGCUUUUUACUGGUUGGGACUUUAUGAUAGGUAAUGCUGAAACCGCACAUAAUCGUAUUGCAUCAGUUAUAUUAGGAUUCAAGGAAGCUCUACUGGAAGAAGCCGAAAAGAAAAAGAACCUAAGAAAUUGGCGAAUAAUAUCCUUGAGAGCAGUCGUAAACAUCUGCGUUAUUAUUCUUCUGGCGGUUUCAGCUUAUGCCGUAGUGACAGUAGUUUAUCGUUCAGACGAUAACGCUAAGGUGCGCAGUUGGUGGCGUGAAAAUGAAACCACUAUAGUGGUUACUGUAAUUUCUAUUACAUUUCCAUUGUUAUUUGAACUUCUUGGUCUUUUGGAACACUAUCAUCCAAGAAAACAACUCAGAUUGCAACUGGCCAGAAUUAUGCUUCUUAAUUUACUUAACUUAUAUUCACUUAUAUUUGCCUUAUUUAGUAAGAUUGAGGGCAUGAGUAAGGAAUUAAUUUCAUUACAACCAACUUUAAAUAUGAAUGCCACAUUUUUUUCUGAAAAUACUUUAAAUAUGAACGAAACUCUAAUAGGCACCUUACCAAAAUCAUGUUUUGAAAUAGCCGUUCCCUGUCUACCAUGUCAUAUGUUAACCGUGCCAGUCGAUUUUACAAUCACAAAUUCUAAUUUAAACGAAAAAUGGAACAAAAUACCAUUCGCCACAGGGGAUACACCCAACUUUUUAAAUAUUUUACCCUUUACUAAAAAAGAAGAUAAGAAACACAACAAACCGAAGAGCGUGUCUUUUUUAAUGAAAGCCAGAAGAGGAAAAAAAGAUGUUGGUAAAGAAAAUGAUGCGAAUAUUGAAAUAGCUAAAGAAUUGGAAAAACUCAGGAAUAUUAGUAGAUUAUCAGGUGUAUUGGAACCUAAUGAGAGCUUAGAAGCAGACGAUAGUGAUUCCGACGAAAAUUAUGAUAUAUUAUACUCAGCACCGAAAAACGACAUCACGUCGGAAUCUUAUUCUGAUACUGAGAGUAAUUUUUAUACAUCAAAUUCGCUCUCUUUUUCUUUUGAUUAUUCUGAUUCAUCUACGGCGUACGAGAGUUUUAUUAAUGAAAAUAUUUCAACUCAAUCAAAUAAUAUAAAUUGGACAGAUAUCACUACACCUGAUUAUGUCUAUGAUAUAGAUACCAGUACCGCUACAGAAUCUGAAUCAAAUAUAGUUAGUACAAGUAAUGAAUAUACAACUGUAUACACAGAAGAAACAACAUAUGUGUCUGAAUUAAAUACAGAAAGUUCCUCCUAUUUUCCUUUAACCGACGAAUCAAAUUAUAUAACAAAUAAAUUGUAUGACAUUACCGUAAAAAACAAAGCAAAAUCAAGCCCAGAGACGUUUCAACAAGAUAUUACUACAGAAAUGUCCUCAUAUUAUCCAUCGACAGAAGAAAUGUUUACAUCUACUACUAAUUUACCAAGUACUCUUGAAUAUGUAUACAUUUGCCCAAAUAUAAGUUUUAAUUGUUCAGUAAGCUGUGGCGAUAAAAAUGUAACUCAAAUUUUCUUCAUGUCAAAUUGCACUGUGGUUAAUGUUAAAUGUUACGUAACAAAAUGUAAUACAUUACAAAUGACUGCUGGUGCAUAUAAUCACAAUAAAACUAACGUCACAGUUUAUGACACCGUAUUUUUUGAUAAAUAUCAUAGAAAAAUGUAUAACUUGACAAUGGGUACGAGAAAAAAAUUAUUGAAACUUUGUUGGGAAACCAUGUUUGGUCAGGAAUUGGUUAAAUUAACAAUGAUGGAUCUAGUUUUUGUAUUGUUAGGAACUUUAUUUACAGAUUUUUUCCGGGCAUUAUUUGUCAGAUAUAUGAAUAGAUGUUGGUGUUGGGAUUUGGAAAAGAAAUGUCCUGAAUAUGGAGACUUUAAAAUAGCCGAAAACAUCUUACAUCUUAUUAACAACCAAGGCAUGGUUUGGAUGGGAAUGUUUUUUUCGCCAGGACUCGUCGUAUUAAAUGUUGUAAAACUGAUGAUAAUGAUGUAUUUAAGAUCGUGGGCAGUCAUGACCUGCAACGUACCACAUGAAGUAGUGUUUAGAGUGUCUAAGAGUAACAAUUUUUAUUUAGCAUUGCUAUUGACAAUGUUAUUUCUUUGUGUUCUACCUGUUGGAUAUACCAUUGUUUGGGUAACACCAUCAUGGCACUGUGGUCCUUUUUCAGAAUAUGACAAGAUUUACAAAAUAUUGACAAAUAAUAUCUAUAAAAUUUUACCAACCAGUCUUAAUUUCACAUUGGAGUAUAUUGCUUCGCCAGCAAUAGUCAUACCAUUGCUAGUUUUGUUAAUUUUAAUUAUUUACUACUUAACAUCGUUAACCAAUUCCUUAAGAGAAGCUAAUAAUGAUUUAAAAAUUCAGCUAAGAAGGGAACGCACUGAAGAACGUAGAAAAAUGUUUCAAUUAGCAGAUACAAGAAGAAGGGGAGGAUCUUCAUCAAUAGACAACACACCUUUUUCAAGAUGGAAAAAAGCAUUACCUUCUCUUCCUGUAUCAAAAUCAAUCGAUUCUGAUGAUAGAAAAACCACAAGUGAUAUUACUAAAGAACCUGCCAAAAAGGCAAUGAAAAAGAAAGGUGGAAUAUUUGCCAAAAUUGUUAGCUUAGCAAUCGAUAGAAAAACUAAUGAGGUAACUAUCAGUGAGACCUCACCAAUCCCAAACAAUAUUGAAGAAGAAACGGAUACUGAUUUUCAUGAAGUACUACCAAGAGAAAGUUUAAACAUGAACGAUAUGGAAGUAUCUAUAAAGGUUGAAAAUAAAAGAAAAACAAUCGUGGAAUUUAAAACCGAGGGAAAUAUAGAAAAAGAACAAUUUAAUAUUUGUGAUGAUCUAAAAAAAACAGAGUCGCUUCCAGAAAAUGGAGUUGGCCUGGAAGAAAAAAAUAACGAUAAAAGAAAACCAGGUCUCAGUAGGAAUAUAGAUUCCGAAAGACAUAAAUUAGAUUCUAGCAAACACUCUAAGCAAAAUGAUUCAUUGGGGUCGGCUAUACCAGUUAUAACAAUCAGCAAUACAGAAAGCGAUGACGAAGUAUUGCAACCUCCAAAUAUAAGUCAUACUCAAUAUGAAAUGAAUAUACAGCGCAGUAAUAAAGAAGGAGACAAGGUGAAAGAAGAAAUAAACGCUGACAUAACAACGGAAGCUUUAUAUGAUUUCGAAUUCAUAGGUGUAAGUCCUGAGGAUAAAGUUGAACGUUUUUUACGUACAAAUGAAGGCUUUGAAUAUGUACAGUAUGAUAACGAAACUCAAGGCAAUGAGUUGGAGACCACAAAUUAUGUAGAAAAUCAAAUAACCAAUAAUGACUCCUUAUACAACAUGAAUUACAUUUCAACUGAUCCUUUCUUUAUUUCGAGAGCGACAAUCGCCUCUACUUUUGAAUCAAGAGUGACAUCUAUUAUAACUAGAAGGACUUUUCCAACUCAUUUCCCUACAUUACAAACAAACAAAAACAAAAUAUUAGAUUUUUUUAAGACUAUGACAGUUUCGUCUUACACAACAAUUCCAACUCGAAGUAUGCAACCUUUUUAUUUAAAAAGCAAUGAAGAGCAAAAUAAAACGGAAGCUUCCAAAAAUGAUUCUAAUGUUUCUAACGGCACAUCUACAUCUGAAAACCUUACCAAUAUAACUAGUACGACACAAUCGCUUGUUACAAUAAGUACAACAAGGCGGAAAAAGAAGAAACCGUCGUCUACUCAUAAACCGAAACAAAUUAAGGCUUCAUGUUAUUAUUGUGGUUUAGAUGUUGGGAAUCUUUCAACAUCAUAUUGUUAUGAUGUCUUUGGAAAUAAUGAUAAUAGGCUUCAUCGAUUACGAAAGCAUCUGAAAAUAAAAUGUUUUCGAGGAACAUCAAAACCCAAACAAGGGAACAAGUAUUACAGCCCCAACUAUAUUGGUGGGUGUUAUAAAAGAUACCUUGACGUUGGUUCUACGUAUAAUGAGAGAGGAUGUCGCAAAAGCCCUCCUGAGACUGGAAUCUCUUACGCAUCAACACGAUUAGCCAAGUUGGAGAUAUUACUUGAUGACAUUGAAGACGGUUGUGUCGCCAGUCCCCAUGCAUCGUUGACUCCAUUUAGUCGUCCAAUUUCUUUAGCUCGGCUUCAUUCUACGAGUGGACGGCGCGCGCGCAACAUGGCGCGUGUUGUCGCGCUACUUUUAUUGUACAUUAGCGUCGCGUGCGCAGAAAUAUUAACACCCCCAUACUUCAACUUGGCGCUUGGAAAAAGAAUUACGGCGACAGCAACAUGUGGUGAUGAAGGACCGGAGUUAUACUGCAAACUAGUUGGCGCCAAUGCAGAUCACGAUGAAAGAGUCAUCCAAGGACAGGUGUGUGACAUGUGUGAUGGUACAAACGAAGUCAAGAAGCAUCCACCAGAAUUCGCCGUGGACGGUAUGGAAACAUGGUGGCAGAGUCCGCCGCUUUCUAGGGGAAUGAAGUACAAUGAAGUCAAUUUGACCAUUGAUCUCGGACAGGAAUUCCAUGUGGCGUAUGUGUUCGUUCGUAUGGGUAACUCUCCACGACCUGGUCUCUGGGCUCUAGAGAAGUCUACCGACUACGGAAAAACCUUUAAGCCCUGGCAAUAUUUUUCGGACUCACCACAGGACUGUGAAAGAUACUUUGGCAGGGAAAGCCUCCAGCCUAUUACACAAGACGACUCUGUUAUUUGUAGUACUGAAUACUCUAAAAUCGUUCCUCUUGAAGGUGGAGAAAUACCUAUAUCAUUACUGAACUACCGGCCAUCAGCAAACAAAUAUUUCAAUUCAUCAGUUCUGCAAGAAUGGACUCGGGCUACGAAUGUUCGUCUACGUUUGUUGAGAACUAAGAAUUUGUUGGGUCAUCUUAUGUCAGUUGCUAGACAAGACCCAACUGUUACAAGAAGGUAUUUCUAUAGUAUUAAGGAUAUCAGUAUUGGAGGUCGAUGUAUGUGCAACGGACAUGCUGAUACUUGCGACCCAGCCGAACCCGGCAGCGACACCAGUAUUCUCGUUUGCCGCUGCCAACAUAACACAUGCGGACCUCAAUGCGCUGCGUGCUGCCCCGGUUUUGAACAGAAGAAAUGGAGAAUAUCGCAGAACUGGGAUAGAUUUGCAUGUGAACCCUGCAAUUGCCACAACCAUACCACGGAAUGUGAGUAUGACGCAGAGAUUGAUGAAAAACAUUUAUCCCUUGACAUCCAUGGUCUCUAUGAAGGAGGCGGUGUUUGUAAGAAUUGUCAACAUAACACGGAAGGAAUAAAUUGUAACAAAUGUAAGCCCACCUUCUACCGGCCUUAUGGCAAAAACUGGGACGAACUCGAUGUAUGCCAACCAUGUAAUUGCAACUUACAUUACUCUACUGGUAACUGUGAGGAAGAGACCGGUCGAUGUGAAUGCCGUUCGGAAUUCAAUCCGCCUAAUUGCGAUUCUUGCGCCUACGGUUACUUCGAUUACCCCAAUUGCAAGCCUUGUACUUGCAAUCUUAAUGGUACUGAGGGUCAACAUUGUACACCAACUGACGGAAUGUGUCCGUGUAAAUACAACUACGCUGGCAAAUCAUGUGAAAUGUGCGCAGAUGGUUAUUAUUCUCCUGAAUGUAAAAAUUGUGAAUGUAAUUCCGUUGGAUCUGUAUCCCAAGUGUGUGACAAAGAAUCCGGUAACUGCACGUGUAAAAGUAAAUAUAGUGGUCGCACAUGCAAUCAAUGUGAAGCUGGGUACUACGAAUAUCCAACCUGCAAGCAAUGUAACUGUGACGUAAGUGGUACUGAGCCAAAUGUAUGCGAUGACGUUACUGGCCAAUGUGUCUGUAAACCAGGUUUUGGUGGUGUUCGCUGCGAUCAAUGUUUAUCUGGAUACUAUAUGGAAGUUAAAGGACGCGAACGUUCUUGCGUACCUUGUAACUGUUCUCCCACGGGUUCGACCUCAACAAGCUGCUCCGCCGAUGGCAAAUGCAACUGUUUAGUCAAUUUUGGUGGAAAACAAUGUGACCAAUGCUCUCCUGGAUAUUAUAAAUUCCCUGAAUGCCUACCAUGUAAUUGUGAUGAAUCUGGUACAUUUGGUUCCACUUGUGACGAUAGCGGUCAAUGUCAUUGCAAACCUAACUUUGAUGGAAUCAAGUGUGAUAAGUGUAAAGAACAAUUCUACAAUUUCCCGGCUUGCGAAGAAUGCAACUGUGACCCUCGAGGUGUUAUAGCCUCUUUUGCAGGCUGUGGAUCAGUACCCGCUGGAGAACUCUGUCAAUGCAAAGACCGAGUACAAGGAAGAAUUUGCAACGACUGCAAACCAUUGUUCUGGAAUCUUCAAGAAUACAAUCCUUCGGGAUGUCAAGAAUGCAGCUGUAACUUGGCUGGAACCCUCGGUGGCCUCGGAGCUUGCAACACUCGUAGUGGCCAGUGUACCUGUAAAAUGAAUGUUGGCGAAAGACAAUGCGAUGAAUGUCAAGACGGAUUUUAUAAAUUGGAAUCUCAAAAUCUAUUUGGUUGUGCUGCUUGCGAUUGCGAUAUUGGCGGUUCUAUUGACAACAACUGUGAUAAACGUACCGGACAAUGUCGUUGUCAUUCUCGGGUAGAAGGCCGACGGUGCGAUCGACCUAUCCGAGCUCAUUACUUCCCCACACUGCAUCAGUUCCAAUACGAAGUAGAAGAAGGUCUCACUCAAUCGGGACCUGUCAGAUACAGAAAUUCAGAAGAUGUUUUUCCAGGAUACUCAUGGAAGGGUUAUGUUGUUUUCUCACUUUUGCAGAACGAGGUAAUAAAUGUCGUCCAUAUCGGAAAAUCUUCAUUAUUCCGUAUGGUCUUAAAAUAUUCAAAUCCUCUACGAGAUCCUGUUACUGCUACCAUUAUUGUCACACCGGAAAGUGUUAUUGAUACAAAACAAGGGUUUAAUGUACAAUUAAGGCCAACUACACAACCACAAUUAGUAACAGUUUUAGUUGAGAAGGGUAUUGCUCCGGCGCCAUUUGUAAUGAACGCUGGAAACUGGACUGUCACAAUAAAAACCACUAAGGAAGUUAUGAUUGAUUACUUCGUGCUUAUACCUGAAGCUUACUACGAGGCUACUGUUUUGACUAAGCUUGUUGAUAAACCAUGUAUUAUUGGUGAAAAGAAACUUUGCAGACAUUUUGCUUAUCCCAGCCUCAGCGGGUUUCCAACUGCUAAUGUAUCUGAUAUGGUAUCUGACGUUACUGAGUUUAUAAACGAUCCUGAGCAACUGCAAGAACACAAUGCUGGUCCAAAUGAUAUACCAAUUAUUAACAAUGAACAAAAUGAAAUUGAGUACAAUAUCAAAAUUGAUCCUAGCGGCUCCUAUAUUAUAAUAAUUGAAUACAUUACUCCAAUAAAUAGAACAGCUUUAGCAGCAAGUGAAAUAAAUUCAGAUCAAGGUGGAAUGUAUGAUUUAGCCCCAAGAGGUGCAGUUGCCAUAAGAUUUCAAUCUGGAGAUGGGCCUGAAACUAUUGCUUUUGCCAACCUCAAUGACUGUCCAUAUACAGCACCAUGUAGGCAAGUGGUUGUUGAUGAUUUGUCAAAGAUCUCAGUUUUUAAUGUACAGGAACCAAAUAAUGUAAUUUAUUUAGAUGGAGAUACUGACACUUUGGCUGCUAUCAAAUCAAUUAUCGUGGUCCCAGAAUCUCAAUGGCAUCUCGACUACAUCACGCCACGACCAUAUUGCUUAAGACGAAACGGACGCUGCAGCCCGGCUGUUUUUUCAACAGCAGUAGAUUCCAAAAAGGUUGAAAUAGAAAGCGGUACUGGAGGAGAUCGCGAGAGACGUCCACCAAUCUUAGAUAACUCUACCAUGGUUGUAUAUUUAGUACCACAAUCCGAUCCAGUUAAAAUUGAAUCCAAAGUUCCGUCUCCCGGAGACUACAUAUUCGUUAUACAUUAUUACCAACCAGAUCACCCAGAAUCCAAUAUUAGUAUAAACAUAACAACUGACGGGCAGCAACGCGAUGCCACUCUCCCUAUAGAACAUUGUCCUUCCAAUUCUGGAUGUAGAGCAAUAAUAAUCCAAGCAGGUGGUAAUAAGCAAUAUGCAGUAAAUGAAAAUUUCACAAUAACGUUCCAGGGGAACACUAGUAAAGGAGUUUGGUUAGACUAUGUGCUCGUCAUAGCUAAAUCAGAUUUUAUUGACUCAGCCCUAAAAGAAAAUAAUAUGGUGGAUUAUACAAGAGAAUUUAUUGAAAAAUGUGCUCUGAAUCAUUACUACAUUAAUUCAAAUGAAACAGGUUUUUGCCACGAUGCAAUGUUUUCAAUAACAUCAGAAUACAACAGCGGCGCAUUAAGUUGCUUCUGUGACUUUAUGGGAUCUACAGAAUUAGAAUGUAACACUUUUGGCGGCCAAUGUCCCUGCAAAGAGAAUGUUAUUGGUAGAACAUGUAGUGCUUGCAAAACUGGAUACUAUGGUUUCCCUAAUUGCAGACCCUGUCAUUGUCCUUCUACCGCCAUUUGUGACGACAAUGGAGAAUGUAUUUGUCCUAAGAAUGUGGAAGGAGAGAACUGCGAUCGUUGCAAACCGUACACCUUUAACUUUGAUGUGCAGCGCGGCUGUGAUGAUUGUAAUUGCAACCCGAUGGGAGUCAUAAACGACCAGCUUCAAUGCGAAGCUGACAACGGGAACUGUCCAUGCAAAGACAACAUUAUUGGACGAACUUGUGAUCACUGUGAGCCUGGACAUUACGAUUUCCCUGAUUGUGUUCAAUGUAGCUGUGACCUUAACGGUACUACUGAUGAUGUUUGCGAUCAAAAUACCGCCCAAUGUUAUUGUAAGAAGCAUGUAAAAGGCCAAGCAUGUGACGUCUGCAAAGAAGAAUAUUUUAAUCUCCAAUCAGAUAAUCCCGAAGGAUGUACGAAAUGUUAUUGCUUUGGGAAAACUACGAGAUGCAGUAGCUCUCACCUUUCAUGGGCUGAGUUAAAUGGAAUGUCAGACUGGUAUCUAGCAAAUAUUGAAGCCAAUCGUACCCUGAGCAUAUUUCGUCUAGACGUUGAUCCUACAUUAUUAAAUGACUCUGUAAUUAGUGCUGAUCUUUCGGGUAGCGAGGAAGAUUCACAAAAAGUUGUUUACUUUGGUGCCCCAGACUAUUAUUUGGGAAAACGUCUCAAUUCAUACGGUGGAUAUCUUACCUAUUCCAUUUUCUAUACAACCCGUGAUGAUGGGAGGGCCAUCGCCGCUGCUGAUGUCAUUAUUGGUGGUUCUAAUGGAUAUAUUGUACAUAAUAGUGUGGAACAACCGCCUUCUCAACUUAAUUGGAUGCACACUGUUCGUAUUUCUGAAGACGAAUUUACAAAUUUAGACGGUAGUGCAGUUACCAGAGACCAAUUCAUGAAUGUUUUGGUAAAUGUAACUAGUAUUUACAUAAGAGCUACUUACUGGAAUGAGGCGAUUACUACCAGAUUAAUGGGAGUGACCCUAGAUUUUGGCGUUGAAGAAUAUGCAGGAUUAGACAAACAAGCCUCUUCUAUAGAAGAUUGUCAGUGUCCCAAAGCGUAUAAAGGACUUUCUUGUGAACAAUGUGCAGAAGGCCACUACAGGCUUAGUUCUGGUCCACAUGCUGGAUUUUGCGUACCUUGUCAGUGCAAUGGUCAUUCCAAGGAAUGCGACGUUAACACUGGAAUAUGUUUGGAAUGCACAGAUAACACAAUGGGCGAUCAUUGCGAGCAAUGUAUCCCGGGAUACCAUGGAGAUGCAACAGUUGGCACACCUAAGGACUGCCUCAUCUGCGCCUGUCCAAUGCCUUAUCCAUCUAAUAAUUUUGCCGUCGGAUGUGAUCUUAGUGAAAACGGAUCUCUAAUUUCAUGUGUUUGUAAGCCCGGAUAUGGCGGAGCACGAUGUGAAUUUUGCGCAGCUGGAUAUUAUGGAGUUCCUGAAGAAAUAGGUGAUUAUUGUAAACCCUGCAACUGCUCCGGUAACAUAAAUACGGAUGACCCUGGUUCUUGUGACAGUAUUACUGGAGAUUGCCUUAAAUGUGUAAACAACACUUCUGGUGCCGCUUGCAACCUAUGUGCUCCAGGAUUCUUUGGUGAUGCUGUAUUCUCCAAAAACUGUACAGCUUGCGUUUGUGAUGAAUACGGUAUGGAGAGGUGUGAUCCCAGUACUGGAACGUGUAUUUGCCGUCCUGGAGUCAUAGGAAGCAGUUGUGAUCUCUGCAAGCCGGACCAUUGGGGUCUGAACAGUGGACAAGGAUGCACACCUUGUGACUGUGGAAUCGCUUCUGAAUCUUCUCAAUGUGACGAAAAUAAUGGGAAAUGCAAAUGUGCGAAGGGUGUAACAGGAAUGCAUUGCGAUCAAUGUGCAGCGGGAUACUGGAAUUACUCUAAAGACGGAUGUGACCGUUGCAACUGCAAUAAAGGCUAUUCAGUUGGAUUUAUGUGUAAUGCUACUGGGCAGUGCGAAUGUCUUCCAGGAGUAGUCGGUGAAAAAUGUGAUCGUUGUCCAGAAAGAUGGGUAUUAAUACCUCAAGAAGGUUGCUUGGAAUGUGAUUCUUGUACUGAUGCUCUCAUUUUUACUGUUCAAAAUCUAACUGAAUUACUUAAUAACGAAACACUCGACUUUAAGGAUAAAGCCGAUUCAUUCUUUACAACUCAACGUCUUAAUUACAUAGCAAACCAAACUGAACUUUUGAAACCUAGAGUCUCUGAAUUAAAGAACGUCGAACUAGAAACAGUUACAUCAUCCGUUAAAACUCUUGAAACUAGUGCGAAAAAUCUUCUUCGUUCGGCCGAAUUUGCUGCGACCGACAGUGAUAAGCAAAUAUUACGAGCGGCAGAUUUAGCCAAUGUUGCCAACGAUAUUCUUGCUUCAGUAAGAGAAAAUAGUGACAAGGCCAAGAAAUCUGUAUCUCACGUGUCUGAACUAGCCACUGGUCUAGAACUAAGUCAGCAACCAAAAGUGGAUAGUGCAGUAACGGAAGCAAGGCAAAUUAAAAAUGAUAUUGCAGAAAAGGAUUUCAAAAACAAGGAAGUGCAAGCUUUCAAUGCUUAUACAAAUAGCACAAAACAAAUAGAACGAAUGAAUCUUUUUGUACAACCAGUUAACGAACAAGUAAAGAAAUUUGAAUCCCUACUGAACGAUACACGCAAAUUAAAGAAAAAACUGGAUGAUAUGCUUGAAUACACAGAUCUUGCCCAACACACAGCGACGGAGGCAGAAAAACUUAACGAUAUAAAUAAAAAAUCAAAGUUCGGAAAUAAAGUUUUAUCAGUUACUAAAUUAAAUGGUGCUGCUAUGAAAGACUUAAUUGACGCUGCUAUCGACAUUAAUAAUGCAACGUUCUGGACCAUUAAAGUCGGAAACAUUGUGCAAAACGCCUCAAAAGUCUUAGACGAAGUUUAUAAUACCAACGGGAAUGUUAAAGAUAGCUUAGAUAUGAUAGCAGACAAAUUACCUGAACUAACAAAUCUUACAAACGAAGCAUUAAAUCAUGCAAGUAACUUAAGAAAUAGAGCAGAUAAACUAAGAGCACUAGCAGAACAGGAAAAUAACAAUACGCGUACCCAGCAUGCUUAUAGUGCCGCAUCGGCUUAUUCAUCAAUAGUUCAAGAAAUUCAAGAUGCUAAAAGAGCAAGCGAAGAAGCCGAAGAAGCCGUUGCCACGGUUACGAAUAUUAACAAUGAGCUAAAUGAGCGUGUUAUGCCCGCGAGAGAUGGAUCCCUAGCACUUUCUGAUCGUGCUUUGAAGGCACUUGAAACUGUUGAACAAAAGCUUAGUCCUAACCUAACCCUGGCCAAAAUAGGACUGCAAAAUGCAACAUCCACGCUUGGCUAUGCAGAUGAUGAAAAUAAUGCCAUUCAAUUGUCGCUUCCGAGUUCACCGCAAACUUCUUUACACGAUGAAACUGAAAAAGCAGAAAAAGUGGCAAAAACAGUUAAAUCAACAAAAGGAAUUAUGUCUACUCUUGGAAGUGAAUUGGAAGUCAGCAAAGAAUUCGCACAAACACUGCCAAAAUUAGCGGACGACGCACAAAAAAUGACUUCAAACAUUGAUAACUUAGUAAAUAAAAUUAAUCAAAUGGAUCCCACAAUAUCGUCCACAUACCGAACUGUUAAACUGAAACAGGAAAAUCUCGAAAGUCUUCGAAAAGAAGCCGACGAGAAACUUCAAAAGCUAAGGGAAUUAAUUGAACAGGCUCGCACCGUAGCAAACCGUAUACAAGUUGGGGUAACAUUUGACCGAUGGUCAACUCUUCAGCCACGCCUACCAGACACAGUAGAUGAAAUGUCAACAUCUACACACGUUUCAGCCUAUUUCAGAACUAAAGAAAAAAAUGGAUUCAUUUUAUACCUCGGAAAUCCUAAAGACACAAUGUUGAGAAGAACAAAAUCGGAUGACUUUAUGGUUAUCGGAGUGCAAAAUGGUUAUCCUUAUCUUGUCAUGGAUAUUGGAGAGACCGCAGAAUCUGGGCGUGAACCAGCUAGAAUAGGAAGCGAAAAGUUUGUGGCUGACAAUAGGUGGUAUCAAGUUAUAGUUGACAGAGUAGGAAGAAACGUAAAACUAUCCAUUCGGGAAAGUCUUGAUAGCGGUUCAGACAAAAUUCAUGUUAAAGAAGCUGUUUUACCAGGCCAGCAUACCAUUUUUAAUUUAGAUCGUGACAAAUCUAAACUUUAUGUUGGAGGAGUCCCAUCAGAUGCAAAACUUCAAGGCAUAAGCUUCCCUGCAUUUGAAGGACAAAUUGAAGAAUUAAUGAUUGGCGACACUCCUGUAGGUUUAUGGAAUUUUGUCAGUUCGGAUAAUUUGAAAGGUGCAAGACAAAGGGAUAAACUCAUAUCAUCACAAUCAGGUCCCCAAGAAUACCGAUUCAAUGGUCGUUCACACGUGACUAUGCCCGGCAGAGGUUACCUUAGUCCACAGAAGAAUCAAGUGCUUCUAUUCUUCAGAACUUACGCUCCAGAUGGUCUGAUAUACUUGGUAGGAGAAGGAAAACACUUCUUCUCAAUACAAAUGCAAGACGGUCACGUUUAUUUACAAGUGUCUCUUGGAAAUACCAAUGACAUGGUUAUUAUUGGAACAACAAAAGCAUAUAAUGAUGGCAAAUGGCAUAGACUUGACGCGGGAAGAUACUUCAGUUCGUGUUCUCUUAGAGUAGACAAUGAAAUACUUAAAAUGGUAUCGACAUCCGCAGCUAAAGAGAUACCUUCGUUAGAUACAAUGAAUUUCGGAGGAAAUAAUAAGGACAUUAUACAAGUUACAAAUAAAGGAUUUGACGGUUGUAUAAGACAAAUAAGUAUCGACGGUGUUAAUAUUGAUUUAAGUGAAAAUGUUGAAUCGGUAGGAAUAGCCUACGGAUGCCAGUUUGCGUCACUAGUAUCUUUAUCUGGUGAAAACAGCUAUUUGCGCUUCGUAGACAUUUCAACAGAGAAUCUCCAAUUAACUCUCAAAUUUAAAACAAAUGAGCCUUCGGGCUUAUUAUUCGUUUAUGUAAGUCGAACACAAACAACUUCAAUGCCAGACAGUAUUUCACUAUCUCUUAACAAAGGAAAACUAGUAUUAAUGAGCCAGAGAGAAUCACUAGACACUGGCCUCAGCACAUAUAACGAUUCCCAGUGGCACGUGGUGACCGUUACUCAUAACGACAAAGCUUUACGGCUAGUAGUGGAUGAUUUUGACUAUUUCAGCACUGACUCGGCUCCAGCACCAUUACAUAUUAUAAAUGGCGUACUCUUUGUGGGUGGCGUCCAACCAGGUUAUGUAGUGGGCGGAGAAGUAGGCUCUAAGACACCCUUCAAGGGUUGUAUUGCUGACGCAACAUUUAAUGGUCGGGUACUAAAUCUAUUAGAACCAUUUAGCAAUCAUAGCGUCACAUUUGGAAGAUGUGGUAAAAUUACAACCACCGGUGGUGUUCCUCCAGAUGUUAGUUUAUGGCCUACUCCAACUCGCGAUGAUGUUCUUCCUACGCCAGUCCUGAAUGUACCCGUAGAUGAAAAAGAACCACCAAUCUUACUAUUUAGCGCAGAAGAAACCACAACAGCAACUUCAGCGCCAUCGACAGAAACUUUGCCUCCAACAACAACAACAAUGGCACCCAUUCCCUCCACUACAACUGCUCGUGCAUCAACCACUACCAGAAGGCCUCCUCCAGCACCACAACCUGGAUGUGCACUCGCUUUUGAUCCACAAUAUGAAAUUGGUGAUCCUAUGGAAGGAUACAGAUUUGGUACCAAAGAGGACAGCCGCAUUGAAUAUGCUAAAUUACCCGGAAGACAAUUAGAAGGUUUCGAUUUAACUAUAAGUUUCAGAACAUUCGAUCAACAUGGCGGUUUAAUAUUUUAUGCCGCUGCUGAAAGAGUGCCGACCCAAUUUUUGGCGUUAUAUAUGAAAGAUGCUAAGCUACACUUCACGUUUAAUUGCGGUGGGGAGACAGGACUAGUGACGUCAUCAACAACUUACAAUGAUACUGAAUGGCAUACAGUAACACUCGUAAGAAAUAACGGUCACGGCAAACUGACUGUUAACUCUGAAAGAAUUGGUGAAACUAGUGUGUCAUGUUAUGCACCUACCGUACUCGCUCCACCAUACUAUUAUGGUGGAUUAAGAAAUGUUACUAAUACUAUUAGUCAAAAUCUAAUGGACUUCUACCAACCAUUUAAAGGAUGUCUAAAAGGUUUGAUGAUGAAUGGCCAGUACGUUACAAACAUCUUAGACCGAGUAAAUGCUCUACGCUGCACAGACAACGUCGAGCAAGGUGUCUACUUUGGUCCUUCAAAUAACAAUCAUAGUAAUUAUUUGAAGUUGUUAGAAAACUUUAAGGUUGGAUAUGAAAUUUCUAUUAGUAUGGAAAUAAAACCUCGCAAUUCAACUGGUCUAAUAUUAAGUGUCUAUGGCAAAAAAGACUUCAUGAUUUUGGAACUUUUAGAGAACGAAGUCAUUGCGAAUGUAGAAAAUGGAAAAGGUCCCUUCCAUGCUAGUUACAAACUGGGCAACAAAUUCUCCUUGUGCGAUGGAAACUGGCACAGAAUACAUGCUGUUAAGUCUCGCCACGUGGUCUCAGUGGGCGUUGAUGGUCAUUUCUCGGACGCGGGUCUCGGUCAAUCCGGCUCCACGGACACCAGAUCUGCAUUGUACAUUGGCGGGCACGUGCGUCCUAUCUCAACCCUACGUGGAACCAGCUCCAAACGUGGUUUCACUGGCUGCAUAAGAAACAUAGUCAUCAAAGAAACACCCGUACAUAUUCCACUGAGUGCAGCCCGAAGAGACACUCACGUAGGAGUGUGCCCCAGUGAUUGA